GCCAGUUCCGGGUUGAUUAGAAAUCACUCGACAUGGCGGGCAGUGUUCAUGAAGGGCCCGAAUUCGGGGUUGGGGACUUUGUUCUCCUAAAUGACAUUACAUUGGAUGCUUUUAUGAACAAUUUGAAACUAAGAUAUGACAAGAACAAGAUCUACUCGUUCAUUGGCGAGGUGGUUGUAUCCGUCAACCCGUAUAAAACCAUGGAUAUCUAUAACCAGAGCUACGUGGACCAGUAUCGGGGCCGCGAGAUCUACGAGAGGCCGCCACAUAUCUUUGCGCUCGCAGACAGCGCAUACAAGACCAUGAAACGGAAGUCUAGGGACACGUGCAUCGUUAUUUCAGGGGAAAGUGGCUCCGGUAAGACUGAAGCAUCGAAGAUCAUCAUGCGUUACAUCGCCGCGGUUACCAAUGUUGGCGGGAGAAAGGAGGUUGAACGAGUAAAGGAGGUGCUAAUCAAGUCAAACAUAAUCCUGGAGGCAUUUGGAAAUGCCAAAACCAACAGGAAUGACAACUCUAGUCGGUUUGGAAAAUAUAUGGACAUCAACUUCGACUUCAAGGGAGAUCCGAUCGGAGGCCAUAUUAACAAUUAUCUUCUUGAAAAGUCAAGAGUAGUUCACCAGCAACAUGGCGAACGGAAUUUCCAUGCCUUCUACCAACUGUUGUCGGGGGCAACUGACCCUAAACUGGCUGAGAUGAAACUAGCUCGAAGUACAGACAAAUACCACUUUGUUUGUCAGGGGGGCGACUCUAAGUGUUCGACCAUAAAUGACCAAUCAGACUACAGGAAUGUUAUGAAUGCCAUGAAGACCAUGGGGUUUGCCUUCAAACACGCUGAGACGCUCUGGAAAGUGGUGGCAGCAGUCAUACUUCUGGGCAACAUAGAAUAUGAGGCUCAAGACGACGUUCAUGACCUUGCGAUGGUGAAAGACAGGAAGUUGAUGUCGGAUAUCGCUGGACUUAUCGACGUUACCAAUGACGACUUAGCGAAGGCUCUAACACACCGUGUUAUCGCUGCGGGAGGAAAUGUUGUUGAUAAGGGGCUGACUGUGUCAGAGGCAUACUAUGCGAGGGAUGCCUUUGCCAAGGCAAUCUAUGACAGAAUGUUCACAUGGAUUGUAAAAAGAAUCAACGAGGCGAUUGAUCCAAAGACAGCGGGCGUAGAAUUUGUCGGCAAGAAUACUGUCAUCGGCGUCCUCGAUAUCUACGGCUUUGAGAUCUUCGACAACAACAGUUUCGAGCAGUUUUGUAUCAACUAUUGUAACGAGAAGCUUCAGCAGCUGUUUAUUGAAUUGGUGUUGAAACAGGAACAAGAAGAGUACAUGAGAGAGGGGAUCGCGUGGCAACACGUGGACUACUUCAACAACAAAGUCAUCUGUGACCUCGUCGAACAACCUCACAAGGGCAUUCUGGCCAUCUUGGAUGAAGCUUGUCUAAGUGUUGGGAAAGUCACAGAUGAGAUGUUCCUGACCGCUAUGAGCCAGAAGUUGAGUAAGAAUGAUCGAUACACAUGCAGAUCUCUGAACCCAUCGGAUAAAACCCUGGAACACAAGCGUGAUUUCCGUAUCAAGCACUACGCCGGCGACGUCACCUACUCCGUCAACAGCUUCAUUGACAAGAACAAAGAUACACUUUUCCAGGACUUUAAGAGACUGCUGUACAACAGCAAUGAUGAGCUGAUCAAAAUGAUGUGGCCCGAGGGGAAAGUGUCAAUCACCGAGACCACUCGCAGACCACAGACGGCGGGCACAAGUUUCAAGAACUCCAUUAUCUCCUUGGUCGACAGGCUUGCCACAAAGGAGCCGCACUAUGUACGCUGCAUCAAGCCCAACGAGAUCAAAUCCCCGUGCCAGUUUGACGACACCAGAUGUAAGCACCAGGUCAUGUAUCUUGGUUUGCUUGAAAACGUACGAGUACGCAGGGCAGGAUUUGCAUUCCGUGCUCAAUAUGAGCGCUUCCUAGCUAGGUACAAAAUGAUCACCAAGUACACAUGGCCCAACUUCCAUGGCUCGGCGUAUGAUGGAGUGAAGGCGAUCAUCUCCCAUAUGAGGUUUGAUGACGAUGUUGAAUAUGGGAAGUCCAAGAUCUUCAUUCGCUCACCACAGACGCUGUUUGCUUUGGAGGAAGAACGUGACAAGUUCAUUCCCGGCAUCAUACUCUUCCUGCAGAAGAAUUGGCGCGGUGGAAAUGCAAGAAGGAAGGCUAAGAAAAUGCGAGCCAUCUACUUCAUCAUGUCGAGAUUUCGUAGAUACAAAAUGCGGUCGUACAUUAAACAGAUUGUGGAGAAGUUCAGGAAUGUCCGUAAGAUGCGAGACUACGGAAAGAGCAUAAAAUGGCCGACCCCACCCAAGGUCUUGUCAGGCUGGGUGGGAGAACUCCAGAAGGCUCACAAUAGGUGGCGUGCAAACAUGAUAUUACAGAAGGUGCCCCAGGAUGAGCGGCCAGCCUUACAGCUCAAGUGUUCGGCACAUUCCAUGCUCCGGGGCCAGAGAUCCGAGUGGGGCAUGAGAAGGAAGUGGGAAGGAAAUUAUUUGGCUACCACCAAGGACAAUGCGUCAACCAUUGACUUUGUCACCAAAAUGACCUCCCUCAAGUCCCACGAUGGCUUCAACAAGGUGCUCUUCUCAUCGUAUUGUAAGAAGGUGAACAAGCACAACCAGUGUGCAGAUCGUGCAAUCGUGAUUACAGACAGGGGCAUUUACAAGCUGGAUCCAAAAAAGAAAUACAAGCCUAUGCGUUCAAUCAUUCCCCUACAACAGGUCACAGGACUUACAGUUAGCCCUGAUGUGGACCAACUGAUAGUUUUCAAGCUUACUGAUGGAAAUGACCUUGUCAUUUGUUUGAACUCGCCCAGCCACGAGGAGCGAGUAGGAGAAGUCGUUGGCAUUAUGGCAAGGAUAUGGGAAACAGUGAUCCACAGUCAACUUCAGUUCACCGUAUCCAAGCAACCAACGUGUAACCUUGGAAACAAGUCCCGACAAUUGGCCAUAAAGAGCACCGCAGCGAACGGAGGACCAGUGUUUAAGAAAGAUGGACAAGUGCUGGCAUUGUUUUGGCCUAGCGCCACAUAGUGGCAAGAUUGGUUUUAAGUUGGGUGUAGCAGCAAUAGGUUUUAAGUGAAGUGUAGCGAGGUUGAUUUUAGGUGAAGUGUAGCGAGGGUUGAAUUUUAAGUGAAGUGUAUUUGGAUUACAUUUUUAAUGAGCUUGUAUAUACAUUAUAAGUUGUAGAGAACAAAAAGUAUGAUACUGUUGUACAUGUUGAAAUGUAUUCUAUGAGCACCGAAGAAGUCAUUUACGUCAUGUACAUAAUUGAUACUAGUUUGUCAUGGUCCUUUGUGUUGAUCUUGUCGUCGUUGUUAUGCAAAACCUUUACACUUUGCUAAAUCUUUAAAACAGUUCAAGAUUUGAAAUGAAACUUGUUACAUUUGAAAGAAGGCCUAUAACUAUUCCUUUAUUUAUUGUCAAGUAAUGCCCGUAAGACAAGAAUUUUCUUUCGCCCAUGGGGUUUUUCGUUAUAAUAGUACUGUAGGUUUUAAAUAAUUCGCGUUUGAAGUCUAGUACUGAAACUUUUGUAACUUUUACUGACCUUUUAAUAUGUAAGAUUUUGAUGAUUUCUGAUUAAUAAUAUAAGGAUUUGAUUAACCUUUAUGACUUUGUCUUACAUUUGGGACAACACUCUUUCACAUGUUUAUUAACUUAGGUUAUGUGUUGAGAACUGUUCAGACCUAAAAAAAUAUUUGUUUAUGGUAAGAUCCCAAAAUUACAAGGUAGGGUUGGUAGGGAUUUUUUUUUCACUAUACUUCUUGUCAAAUUGCAAAUAGCGCUAUUUCUUGCAAAUGUCACUCAUAAAUCGCUGUUGUCAUGGAACGUUGUCAUGGAACUCAUUACUGUCAAAAAUUAAUGACAGUUUGUUAGAAAAUGUGUUUGUAGUAGGUAGACCAGUGUUUCUUUUUAUUUAUUUUUUGAAUUUUUUUACACGGGUUGGUGGCUUUUAUUAGGUAGGGUCAGGUUUCCGGCAACAAGCAAUUUUUUAGGCCUCACAAUUCUACACACCUUAAAUGUUUGCUCGAUUGAAGUUAAUUAUGAAUGACUCACAAUAGGCCUACAGCUUUAUGUUGUUAAGUGAUAUUCUGGCCUUUGAAUGUUGGUAAGUAUUACGGUAAGAUCAAUAAACUUUGAAUAAAAUGUCACUACUGUACAGGUUUUUAUUAUUGAAGUUAAGAAAUUUUUCAAAAUUUAGACGUUGUAUUUGAAAUUUAUUAAAUGCGUAAUGAUUUGAUCAAACAAACAUGAGUUUGCUUUCAGCUUUUGAUUUUUAAACGUUGCAACUGAAUGCCUUCAUCUUUACUUAUAAACAAAAUGAUAUUUCCUUAGCCAUGUAAAGGUGAAAAGUUUGAGGAUUAAAAUACUUUUUGAUAAGAAAUGGAAUACUACAUAUAUCUAUAAUCAAGUGUCAGUUAUAACAUUUUUUUCAAAAGCUGGAAGAAAUGAUCUGUUCGAGUGCUUUAAGGGAUUGUGUUAUACAUUGACAUCAAACUGCUUUAUCCAUCAAAUAAGCAUUAAAACACUUGAUUUUGGCCAAACUAUAUGAAUAUUCUAGCAUACCGUAUCAGCACUGAGUGAUAAAUGCAUUUUAAGAGCAAAGCUUGAACCCCAAUAUGGUUGCCUGAGCGCCAUAUAUCCCAUAUCGGGCCACUAACAAACACCAAAAUGUAUAUAUCACGUUGACAUCCUGUUUUCAUUGAUCUAUUUAUGGGAAGGGUUUCAUUAUUCAUCAGAAUCCGAAAAAAAGACACCAAUUUGGCACACUAUAUGUUAGUGACAAAAUAUGGAAAAAUUUGGGGCCACCGCGUGACCAGUUCUGGACCAAAAGUAUUGCGUCAAUCAUGUUGGAGGCGUGAUACAAACAGUUAGAGUCAUUCUACUACGGGUAAUGAUUUACAAUAGUCGCAUUCGGGCCAUGAACUUUUCUACUCAGAAGUAGCUUUUUGCCAAUCUAUAAGACACUAUCUUUAAAUAAGAUGCUAAGAUAUUGACCAAUGUACAAAAUUAGCAUAGACAAGUGUUUCAAUGAAUGAAAUGAAUAGAACUUGAUUGUUGAACUGUUUUGAUAUACAUUUUUGCCUUUAUGACUUAUAAAUGAGUUAAAUUGGUGUUGUAAAUUAUUUGCUUAAUUUGGCCUUACAAUAAUUUCUGUUUAGCUUUUAAACUUAAGCCUAAAGUGAUUUGCUGUUGUUGGGUGUUUUGAAAAUUGAUUAGAAAAUACUAUUUUGGUGCAUUGAUGUUGGACAUUUUUGAAGUGGUUAAAUUGUUUUUUGUGUACAUUGUGAUAUGGUUAUAAAUCUACAUACAGUUUGCUUUCAUAAUGGUUUAUUGUAGGCCUGGUGCCGGUUUAUACAUGCAUGUUGCAAAUAUUUAUAAUUCGCUUUUUUCCUCAUCAGAUUCUGUCUUUCUAAGAAUGAAGUUGAGGUUUUGUCAUAGCCUUCCAUGGCGUUGUUGUUGUGGAUGGUGACCUUAGCCAUUCAAGGUAUUCAAAUGAAACUUGGUAUGCAUUGAUACAACAUAAAAAAAAACCACACAGAUGUACAGCAAGGCACCUAACUAUGGCAUUAAUAAUUGUUGUGUUAUGUCCCUUUUUUGACUGACAACAACAACAACAACAACAACAGAUGAGAGUUUGUGUUGGCUCCGGGUUCCUCUUGUUUUAUAUACUGUAUGUUUUUAUUUUGGUGGCAUUACCAUAACUUUUCAAACAAUUUUUUUUUUCGGCUUGUUAGACUACUAUGGUCUCAUCGCAUUAACUCUUCCAUAUAUGUGUAACGGUGGAUUAUUUAUUAUUAUAUUUUAACUUCUGCUUCUGUAAAAAAGCCAUUAGAUCAAAACAUGUAUGUUGUCACCAUGUCAUUACUAUUGUGAUAAGAAUUAUUCCAUAUUGAAAUAUUUUAUAUACAUAUAUAUAAUUAAAGAAUAAUUUGUUCGGCCUUAAAGCUGGUCCCUCCAAGAUUUACCCUUUUGACAUUUUUUUUAUUUUUUGUCUUUCAAUGAGCCAAAUUUUGCAUAAAUACCUUACAACCAGUGAUGUAAGACUGCUGACAAAACAUCAUAUCGCAGGUUUUCAUAUUUUUUGUUUGAAAAAUUGCUGUUUUAUGUCUACAAGCGUUACUAACACUUUAAGAAAAAUGCAUAAAACAUCAGUGUUUGAACAUAAAUAUGAAAACCUAAGAUCUAAUUUUUUGUCAGCAGUCUUAUAUCAUUAGUUUCCAUGAAUUUUCGCAAAAUUAGCUUGUUCAAAGACAAAACAUAUAAAGUUGUCAAAUGGUUUAAUCUGUGAGAGUGCAGCUUUAACAACAUAAUGAGGUUUGAGUAGCUAGGUAGGGCUCUUUGUUAUUUACUUCCUAACAGCUUAUUUUUUUUUGUAAUGAAAAAUUAAAAAAAAGUUAUGCCCACCCAACAGGCUAAAGAACUUUUGGAUUAUAUGUAUUUUUGUGAGUGGGGUCAUGUCAGGCCGAAUGAACUAUUCAGUGUGGCCUCAUGGUCGUUUGAUUUGCUUUAUUAAUAUGUAAGUGAUAGCCAGUUAACUUUCUAAACAGGGUGUAUCAAUGUUGUAAACUUGCUUCUGUGUAUUUAUACAUAGCUUUUUGUCAUUUUUAUGUUCACUGUAUAAAUUAUUUACAUGUAGUUAUUUUAAUACGAGCGCUAAUAUUGGCAGAAGAAAAAGAUAUCUGUAGUUAGUCUAACUUCCUCUAAUAUAUUAUUAACACGCGUAUGACCAAAGUGAUAUUUAUAAGUGGUAGGAAUAAACAUCUUGAAAUUAAAUGUUUAUUUGAUUUCAAAGGAAAACUCAUUUUUAGACUGUCAGCUGCAAGCCGACAGUCUUUAGAGAGCGGUAUUUCAGAAACGCGGCUAGUCGCCUGACACGACAUAUUGAACAUGAAUAUAUUAAUACACACCACCUCGGCACCUGCGUAGCAACAGAACUACUUAAGUGGAUGUGGGGCAUCAAGUACUUGCUUAUGUGUAUUUUUUUAGUUUUUCACGCCCACUGCACAUUGAACUAAAAAUCUUGGUUAUUUUUUGUACCUUUGAUUAUAAGAUCGAACAUAAUUUUAAGUUAUUUCUUCUGUACAUAAUUAUUAUUAAACUAGAAAUUGACCUUUAAUUUGAUGUAUUAAAUUAAAUGUCUAAUUAACCAGUCAAAAUUAUGAUUAACCUUUUAUAGGUAAUCUAAAUAUAGAAUUGGACUUAAAUAAAAUUAAUCAUCUUUAUUUAAGAAAAUAUUUACUGUAAUUAAGCCUAGUUCAAUGUCUUCACUGUGUGUUUUAUUAGAGCAGCUAGUUUAUCAUAUGUUUUGAAAUUAGGAUUUGAAAUCCACAUCCAUUUCAUUUCUUUCUUGCGAGCCGUCUGUGUACUUUAAAUAUAUGAUGUUCUAUGUAGCUUAGACAUGGAAAAUUACAUAUCAGAAUUUAUGCAGAUUUUAUUUUGGAAUAUAAUAAUUUUAUUUUGGAAUAUAAAUUUUUUAUUUUUCCCCUUGUCUCAAUGACUUAUGCAUAAUCUUAAAUAGAUCUGAUGAAAUUAUUGUAAAAUGAAUAGUGCCUUUGAAAAAGUACUUUUUGUCAGGAGAGUUGCAGGUUGGCUUUCUGAUUCAGUUAAGCCAUGGUGACUUUCAAGUGCCUUUUUAAUUCGUAGCCAUGACAAGCAAAAUAGAUUAAAGUCUGAUAAAAAAAAUAAUGAUUAAAACCGGUGACUAAAAAGCUAAGACAACGGUACAUGACAAGUACAUGUAUAUCAUACAAUGUAAUCAGUUAUGUUAUUCAACUAUAUUGUGUACUUUAUAUACUAUUAUGGAAAUUUGCAAAAUGAUGACUUUUGUACAUAAGUGUAUUUGGGCAAAACUGGACCUCUUAUUUAUUAUGUCUGUAAAUAUUGUCUUGUUUUAUAAGUGACAUCCUAUCAAUUGAUCAGCAGGAAAUUGUAAAAGAUUUUGGAUUGGUCAAAAUUAUCUAAAAUGUUUGUUGAUUGGUAAUAUUUAUCCAAUAAGAACUACUAACCAAUCAAAUUCAUUUACUGAGUCAGCUUAGACUGUUGGUUGGUUUCUGUUGUUUUGUUGUCUUUUUUUUAAUAUAAGAAAAAAGUUGUAGAAAAUAUUGUGUUGAAAAACAUGAUGGUGUUCACAUCAUUGUUGUUGUGGUCAUGCUAAGCUUAAUGUUGACUUUUGACUUUGAAACCGUAAACAUUAAACACGUCCACACAGUGACAAUACCUUGACCCCUAUUUCUCGAAACUUCUCAAGUCACUUAUAACAGGAUUAAGCUAAUCUCACUAUUUUUAUUUCCUAUAAUUUGUGUUAUAUAAUAUUUUGUUUUGAGAUUUUAGAUUUUAAAUAGGAAAUAUGUUUAUGAUAAUCAGAAUUAACAAUUUUUCAUUCAUCAAAAUCAAAUUUAAGUAUGUAUUUUGGCUAAGUGAAAUAAGGUACUUAAGCCUGUUAUGCUUAAGAAGUUUCGAGAAAUUGGGGCCAGCUGUGUAGCAUUUGUUUAUUUUUGGAGUCAAGCUUAAUUGCUUAUGAAGUUAUAGACAUUGUUUUAAUUGGACCAGUCAACUGGCAUCAGUGCUCCAAGCACUGUUAAUUGUUAACUGUUGCUGCUUUUCUUAGCCUUAUUCAAAUGCCUGUGUUUAAUUGUUAUAUUUUCAAUGCUUCCAUUUUUAGGUGAUAUAUUUGUGUAGUAUUCUUGUUAUUAGAUGUAGUCGUUGAUGGUGGCAGAGUUUGAUUUUCCCUACAUAGUAGGUACCAGUAGCCAAUUGUAUAAAACUGGUUCACUCUUUUAAUUGGUCAAAGAUACCAAAAAUGGUUAUUGAUUGGUCAAUAUUAACCAAUCAAUUCUUUUAAAUUUUCAAAAUGGCCGCAGGAUAACCAGUGAACAAGUUGACCUGGCUUUAUACAAUUGUAUGCAGUAGAUUUAUGAAUACAGUUAUACAAUCAAUGAUUAGUUCUCUUAGGAAUAAAAUAAUGAUAUAUGUAGUAAAAACUUCUAAGUCAGUAUUGGAAAUGCUGUGUUCUAAUAAAAAAUCAAAUGUACAUUAAAUGUUACUUGUAAGAUAAAUUUGGAUAAACGUCUUGUUUUGGAAUUGUUACCAAUUUUGUAAUUAUAUUUACGAAAUGUUCUUCAUUUUUCAUCGAGGACAAAUAGGUCACUAACUUCUUGAGUCUAAGUUUAAGACUUAUAUGUCAUUAAUUAUCUUUAAUGUAUUAUUUACAGAGAAUGUGUAAAUAAUUGUUGAACAUUUUAUGUGCAACAUAUAUGACCAGUUUUACCAUAAUUGCUCUGCUAAAAACAAUCAUAUAAUGAAUUAGAGAUUAGCAGAUUUGAGUGUUGAGUCUCGAAUUCAGAAUCCAGAUUGACAUUAGUGAAUUCAGACCCAGGGCUGUUAUUCAAUAUUGGUCUUAAUUGGAUCUAAGAACGAUGUAGCUAAUCAGAUUUUUGGUUAUUAAUAACUGACCAAUAGAGUGAAUGAAGUCAAUGAUGUAUGAUCAUAAGAUUUACUUAAAUUGGAUAUUGCAUUCAACCCCAGUAUUUUUGAAGUAUCUCUUUCUUUUGAAAACAACCUUUAUUGGAAGCAAAGGUUAUCAAUCUUUGAUUGUAUACUUACAAACUUAUAUACUAGUUAUUUACUAAUAUUUCAUGGACAAAAGUGAGUUUGUAUGAAUCUGUUUAGGCUUUAAGCAUUGAUUUCUUUAAGAAUGCUUUUCUAAACUUUAAGCUCUUUCAUUUUCAUUCCUAGAAAAGGAAAUCAGUAGAUAAUGGGACGAUUGUUCUGAACUUUAUUGCAGUUAACAAUGUGAUUAAGAACAUUGUUGUAAAUUUUUAAGCGUGAAAUUUGUUGAUAAUGUGCUCAAAUAUUUAAAUAAAAUGUACAGAUGAAAUUGUUGUCUUAAAUCUUGUUAAGAACACAGCAGAUCUUAAGUGUAUCCAUUAAAUAUCCAGAGCGGUAGAGAUUUAAAACUUAACAACAAUGACGUUUACAACAUUGUUUUUCUUAACAAAGUUUUGAACAGUCAGCCCAUUGAAUAGAUACGCUAUGAUUAAAAGUACAUGGAAAAUAUUUUCCAGGAUAAAAAUCAACCCUUUGUUAUGACACACAUGGAAUGAAAUUCAUUUGUGAUAUGAAAUCUUGCCAGCAAAUUCAGUAAUAUGUAUUUUAUAACUGCAAUGGAUUUGCAUACAAGAAAUUUAGCAAAUUAACAGACAUAAUUUAAAAGAAACCAUCUUGAUAUUUUAAAUUGAAUGGAAAUUUAUUUUUGCUGAGUAAACUUUUGUUAAAACUUUUUACAUGUUUGUGAAAUAUAUUAUUUGAACACUGUUUUUGUAUUUAUACAUGUAUAUGUAUUUUACAUUUUUGUGUGUUUUAAGAAGUUUUUUGUACAAGUUUUUACAGGAUUAUAAUACCCAUAGUAUGGUUUGAUAAGCCUUCUGGCUCUGAUGUCAGUUAACACUAAAUAGGUCAUUUUUUCAAGAAAAAUAAAUAUCAAAGUAAUUUUGAUUAGGUUGCAAAAUAUUUUUAUCAAUUAAGUUUCUGAAAAUAUUUGUAUAUGAUUAUUUUUUAUGAUAUUUUAACUGUUAAACAGUUGUUAUUUUUUCUAUGCACAAGAGAAACUUUGUCAAGGCCUUAAUUUCCUCUGAGAGCUAAAUAACUGGUAAUAACUAAGUCAAGCAUAUAUUCUUUUACCUUGGCAUGUAAUUUUGAUAGUAUGAAAAAAAAUAAUCUUGAAUUAUUAACAUGUUGUACAUGUAGGGUUUAUUUCUGUCAAAUUUAUGAAAUAUCCAUUGAAUAUUCCUACAAAUUUUCCACCAAAUUCAGUUAUUACUUGACAUAUUUUAUCACCAAACAGGGAUCACGAAUGGAUUUCGCUUUUAUAUGUUACAGAAAAAAAUCCAAUUGUUAUUAUGCGAAGUGCUUAUUUUUUGUUCAUAUGACACGGUCUGUAUAUAUUAUAUUGCAUUGUUACUUAUUAUGGUGGCUUAAUGUGUAUUCUGUCAUAUUAUUUGUAAAUCAUAUACAUUGUAAUUAUUAUAUUUUUAUUGCCAGACACUAUUAAAAGCGAGUCAAGUA